AUGGCUGCUGACGGCAAGCCGUUCGAGCUGCCGUUCGGACAGAACGUCAGCGGCGCGCUGUCACAGGACUCAGUCACCGUGGCCGGCAUCACCGUCAACAACAUCACGUUCGGCGAGAUCACGUCCGUGUGGUCCGACUGGUACAACAACCUGCCGCAGUCCGGCGUCGUCGGCCUGGGUCCGGCCGACUCUGUGCUGGACGUACUGGCCGCGGAGGGCCACAUCCCGGGCCGCCAGUUCGGUCUCUGGCUGGGCCGUGACCCGGCCGGAGGAGAGCUGACCCUGGGCGGCCUGAACGGGCGCCGGUUCAGCAGCACGCUGACCUGGGCUGAACUGCUGCCCACCGCCAAACGCCAGUGGACGGUGACCGCUGAGCAGGUCUCCUUCGAGGGCCGCCCCGAGCUGGGUCUGUGCCCAGACGGCUGCUCCGUGGCUCCCAUCAGCACCACGCCCUUCUUCCUGCUGUCCAACACCAACGCCGACGCCGUGAACGCCAUGCUCGGCGGCACGGCGUUCGGCGCGGCCGGCGCCGUGGCGCUCGACUGCCGGACGCUGCACAAGCUGCCGAACAUCACCAUCAGCGUCCAGGGGCGGGCCAUGCCGCUGUCGCCGCUCGAGUACACCUUCCACCUGCUCUUCCCCAACCACAUGCAGAUGUGCAUCUCGGGUUUCCUCGGCGUCAGUCACCUGGACAACAGCACCAUGAUGCUGGGCACACUCUUCAUGCAGAAGUACUACACCGCUUACGAUGCCGAAAACGGCCUGCUAGGGUUCGCCGAUAGCGUUUGA